GCACUGGUGACAUGCUGGUAAAUAGACACACACCCCCCACCCCUGGUCUUAGGAGACGUAGCGUCUCUGUUCUGCCAGUGCAUGGAAAAUCCCGCCAGCUCUAUAUUGUCCGUGUCUUCAUUCAGCCACAUGUCGGUGAAACAUAAGAUGUUACAGUUUUUAAUGUCCCGUUGGUAGGAUAAUCUUAAUAGUUGGUCAUCAGUUUUAUUUUCCAACGAUUGCACGUUAGCAAGGAAAAUGGAUGGCACUGGGAGAUUACUCGCUCGCCUCCAGAUUCUCAGAAGGAUCCCCGAUCUGCGUCCUCUUUUCCGGCGUCUUUUCUUCAUGCAAAAGGCGUGGAUCUGGGCCUGUUCCAGUGAAAGCAGGAUAUCCUUCUCGUCGGACUCAAUAAAGGAAGAAGUUUCUUCCAGUCCGCGGCCGUGGUGGAAUGAGCAGCGUGUGUGUGUUGAAGGGUAAAGCAGUGCUCUGGCAGGACUCGUUCAGCCCCCACCUCAGAACUUCAACUCCCAGCAUGCCGGUGGUGCUGAGCAGCGGAGGACACGCCCCCCCGGCCGGACAGACCCCACAUGCCCCGCCACCAAACCAGCAGGGCGUGGCGGGUACGGGGCGGUCUCAGGAUGAUGCCAUGGUGAAUUACUUCUUCCAGCGGCAGCACGGGGAGCAGCCUGGCAAACACCGCUGGCCCGCUGGGGAGAACAUCCACGACAGCCAGGGGCGGUCGAUGGAUGAGCUGAACCAUGACUUCCAGGCUCUGGCUCUGGAGAGGCGUGCCAUGGGAGAGCAGCUUUUGACAGGUAAGAAGUUUUGGGAGAGUGACGAAGCUGGAAAAGAUGGACCGAAAGGGAUCUUCCUGGACCAGUGGAGGGACAGCGCGUGGGGGGCCACAGACCACUCGGUGUCUCAGCCAAUCAUGGUGUCUCAUCGGCCGGGCGGGGGUUUCCAUGGCGGCGGGGAGGUGGGCGGUUCAGUGAUGUCACCGCGAUCAGAGAGCGGGGGCUUAGGAGUCAGUAUGGUAGAAUACGUCCUCUCCUCUUCUCCCGCCGAGAAACUGGACUCCUGCCUCCGUAAGGGACCUUUCGGUCCGAGGGAUGGAGAGGUGGAUGAGGAGAAGAGGGAGAAACCAAAGGCUCCAUUUGAAGGAGAGAAACUCAAGGAGAUGGUAGAGGGUGACGUCAUCAGUGAUGUCAUCAACCUCAACGGGCUCCCCGUGCAGAACGGCCUGGACGUGGACGGCAAGGAGUACAGUCGUCAAGGCCAGAUACUGCCCGCGGGGCCAGACACUGACGUAAUAGGGGGUGUAGUAGGGGAGGGUAUGGUCUCCAUGGGAGGUGGUCCCAAACCCCAAGAGGUCUUCUCUGGGGUGGAACAGGGUGUUACCAUGGAUACCAUGCAGUCUGUGAUGGAGCCUUUGCAGUUUGACUACAACUCCCAGAUGGCCAUGGACUCUCAGCCCACCGUGGGCCUGUUCGACUACAGCAACCAACAACAGUUGUUCCAGAGACCCAGUGCUCUAGCAGCCCAACAGCAGCAGUAUGCCUUGGCAGCAGCACAGCAAUCUCACAUUGGUUUGGCUCAAGCGUUUGUUCCCAACCCUUACAUCAUCAGUACUGGUCCGCCUGGAACCGACCCCUACGCUGCUGGACUGGCAGCUGCUGCAACACUGGGCCCGGCGGUGAUGCCUCCCCAGUACUACGGGGUGACUCCCUGGGGAGUGUAUCCAGCCAAUCUGUUCCAGCAACAGGCUGCGGCCGCCAACAACUCAGCCAAUCAACAGGCUCAAGGACAGAACCAGCAGAACCAACAACAGGUGAUGCGUGGGGGCGGUAACCAGCGACCCCUGACCCCUAGCCACGGUCAACAGGGUCAGCAGAACGACCAGCUGAUCUCUGCCGCAGCAGUCAAUUCAGCGCUCGCCUUCGGACAGGGGCUGGCUGCCGGCGUGCCUGGCUAUCCUAUGCUGGCUCCAGCUGCUUACUAUGACCAGACGGGGGCGCUAGUGGUCAACACAGGAUCUAGGGGUGGGCCCGUACGCCUCAUGGCCCCCGCAGGCUCAGUUAUUAUCUCUCCCUCCGCUGCACAAGCAGUGGCGGCAGCAGCUGCGGGUGGCGGGGCUAACGGUGGUAUGGGAGGCGGGGCCAAUGGUCAGUUUCGAGCCAUGCAAUCCCAGCAGCCUCAGCAGCAGGGAGGAGGGGUUAUGUCAGGAAACUCCUUUUAUGGAUCCUCUCUUAGCAACUCAUCCCAGAGCUCCUCACUCUUCUCUCAAGGUAGCCAAUCAACGUACUGCUCCGCCCAGCCGGGCCUCGGCUCCGCCUCUCUGGGGUUUGGUCAGAGCAACUCUUCACUCGGCGCUACGUUGGGCGGCUUUGGCACUGCAGUGGCUAACUCCAGCGGUGGCAACAGUUCUCGUCGUGACUCACUGACCGGCAGUAGUGACUUGUACAAACGCACGCAGUCCAGCCUCACUCCCAUUGGCCAUGGGGGGUUCUACAACGGAACCCUGGGCUUUAGCUCCUCCCCUGGGCCGGUCGGAAUGCCUCUGCCCAACCAAGGCCCCUCCCACUCCCUGACUCCACCCCCCUCUCUGUCCAAUCACAGCUCCUCAUCCAACCUCAACCUGGGAGGUCUGACCAAUGGCAGCGGUCGUUUCAUAUCUGCUGCUCCGGGGGCAGAGGCGAAGUAUCGCAGCGCCAGUUCUGGCUCCUCCCUAUUCUCUCCCAGCAGCCAGCUCUUCCCGUCGUCACGGCUACGUUACGGAAUGUCGGACGUGAUGCCUUCAGGGCGCAGCCGGCUCCUGGAAGACUUCCGGAACAACCGCUACCCCAACCUGCAGCUGAGAGAGAUUGCUGGGCACAUCAUGGAGUUCAGCCAGGACCAACACGGCAGCAGGUUUAUCCAGUUGAAGUUGGAGAGGGCCAGCUCAGUGGAGCGUCAGCUGGUCUUUAGUGAGAUCCUCCAGGCUGCCUACCAACUCAUGGUCGACGUCUUUGGAAACUACGUCAUCCAGAAGUUCUUUGAGUUUGGCAGUGUGGACCAGAAGCUGGCUGUAGCUGAGAGGAUCAGAGGUCAUGUCCUGUCUCUGGCCCUUCAGAUGUAUGGCUGUAGAGUCAUACAGAAGGCGCUGGAGUUCAUCCCCUCAGACCAGCAAGUUAUAAGUGAGAUGGUACGGGAGUUGGACGGUCACGUGUUGAAGUGUGUGAAGGAUCAGAACGGCAAUCACGUGGUGCAGAAGUGUAUCGAGUGUGUUCAGCCCCACGCAUUACACUUCAUCAUCGACGCCUUCAAGGGACAGGUGUUUGUACUCUCCACCCACCCCUACGGCUGUCGAGUGAUCCAGCGUAUUCUAGAACACUGUCUUCCAGACCAGACCCUGUCCAUUCUGGAGGAGCUGCACCAACACACGGAACAGCUGGUGCAGGACCAGUAUGGUAACUACGUGAUCCAGCACGUACUAGAACACGGCAGAGCAGAGGACAAGAGUAAGAUAGUAGCUGAGAUCAGAGGAAACGUACUGGGGCUCAGUCAACACAAGUUUGCCAGUAAUGUAGUGGAGAAGUGUGUGAGCCAUGCGUCUCGUGCGGAGCGGGCCGUGUUGAUAGACGAGGUGUGUAGUCUGACUGAGGGGCCCCACAGUGCCUUGUACACCAUGAUGAAGGACCAGUACGCCAAUUACGUGGUGCAGAAAAUGAUUGACGUGGCCGAACCCACACAGAGAAAGAUCAUCAUGCACAAGAUCCGGCCCCACAUCUCCACUCUGAGGAAGUAUACGUAUGGAAAACACAUCCUGGCCAAGCUGGAGAAAUACUACAUGAAGAAUGGAGUGGACCUGGGGCCUCUCUGUGGCCCUCCCAACGGCAUCAUGUAAACUUACCACCCUUUUCAACACUCUUAACUCUUGAGGACAAGACGGACCAACGGGAACGUCGGACGUGCUCAGUAGAUCACCGGCUGGGUUGGUUGAGCAACGGUGGUGAUUCAACAUGUAGGACAGCCACCCUCUGUGUACAGCUGACGUUGUAUUGGAAUGUCAUGUCUUUUAUACCAUAACCCCUAGCCUAUACCCUACAUGAAAAAUGACAUGUUAACUACUACCCACACACAACCCAUUAUUUCCUACCACCCGAUGGUCUAAACCCAAACCCCCCCCCUCUUUUCCCCUCCUGAUGAGAUAAUGUAAACUGCUGUCCCCCCCCCCCCCC